UCUUCUUGGGAGGGUUGAGGGAGUCCUGAGUUUACCCGAGGCCGACGUCGCUUUCGGCACAUUUUUAACUCUAUGAAGUCGGGGGCCCUUCCUCUGCUUUGGUAACAUGAGGUUUUUCUUGUGGAACGCGAUCUUGACACUGGGGGUCAUGGCUGUGAGUGGAGCUUUGAUCCCGGAGCCAGAAGUGAAAAUCGAAGUUCUCCAGAAGCCGUUCAUCUGCCAUCGCAAGACCAAGGGAGGGGACCUGAUGUUGGUCCACUACGAGGGCUAUUUAGAAAAGGACGGCUCCCUGUUUCACUCCACCCACAAACAUAACAAUGGUCAGCCCAUCUGGUUCACCCUGGGCAUCCUGGAGGCUCUCAAAGGCUGGGACCAAGGCUUGAAGGGGAUGUGUGUGGGAGAGAAGAGAAAGCUCAUCAUUCCUCCUGCCCUGGCCUAUGGCAAAGAAGGAAAAGGCAAAAUCCCCCCAGAGAGCACACUGAUAUUCAACAUUGACCUCCUGGAGAUUCGAAAUGGCCCAAGGUCCCAUGAAUCGUUUCAAGAAAUGGAUCUCAAUGAUGACUGGAAACUCUCUAAGCAUGAGGUUAAAGUGUAUCUAAAGAAGGAGUUUGAGAAGCACGGUGCAGUGGUGAAUGAAAGCCACCAUGAUGCUUUGGUGGAGGAUAUUUUUGAUAAAGAAGAUGAAGACAAAGAUGGAUUUAUAUCGGCUAGAGAAUUCACCUAUGUGCAUGACGAACUGUAGGGACGCACCUGCCAUUGUAUAUGCGUCCAUCUGUAAAGGGAAGGCGGCACCUUUAAAGAAAGUUGUAGUUUUUAACAUUAACAUUCUGUUCUUGCUUUGUUUGUUUUUAGUUUUAUAUUAUUUUUUGUUGUUUAAGAAACCCCAUUGACUUUGUAAAUAUCCACAUAUUUCUGGUAAGUUAUUGGGAAGAAACAGUCAUCUUUGAGUGGAAGACUUCUGGGCCGUUCCCAUGUUCGCACGAAGCUUGUUCGCUUGCUUCCUUCUAACAGUGACGUAUUGCAACUGGAAACAUGCCGCAACC